UACAACUUUUACCAUGAUGUUAUGGUUUUGAAUGUGUCUGUCACUUUCUCUGUGUUAUACAAUUCAUUCAUCAAAGCUGUGUAACAAGUAUGCAUUCAGUUCUUUAGAACAUAUAAUGAGUGGUACUGCAAAUCAGGAAACAAACACUUCCCAAAGUGUUGUCAGUGUGGAAAAGCAGAAUAAAAUAUUUAAAAUUAUUGUAAUUGGAGACACUGGUGUUGGAAAAUCUUGCCUAACAUUUCGAUUCUGUAGUGGUUCAUUCCCAGCAAAAACGGAAGCAACCAUUGGAGUUGAUUUUAGAGAAAGACUUGUUGAGGUUGAAGGUGAAAAAAUUAAGUUACAACUAUGGGAUACAGCAGGACAGGAGCGAUUUAGAAAAAGCAUGGUUCAACAUUAUUAUCGGAAUGUUCAUGCCGUAGUUUUUGUAUAUGAUGUAACUAAAAUGGCCACAUUUGAAAAUUUACCACACUGGAUAAAUGAAUGUUACCAGCAUCAAUUAAGUGCUAGCAUUCCCCGUAUUCUUGUUGGAAAUAAAUGUGACUGCAAAAACCAGGUUGCAGUAAAGUUGAACAUGGUCCAGAAAUUUGCUGACCCAUACAACAUGCCAGUUUUUGAGACCUCUGCAAAAGAUGACAAUGAAGCAGAUCAUGUGGAGGCAAUAUUUAUGACUUUGGCUCACAAAUUAAAGAACUCCAAACCAAUUAUGCAUCCACUAUCACAUGAUAGUGUUUCUUCAAGAUCAGGCAUUGUUUGUAUUAAUAAAUCUCCUAUUACAUGCAAAUCAUCAGAAGACAGUCAUUCUGCAGAUGGUGGAAAGUCACGGUGUGCUUGUUAAGAGAUUAUAUUAAAGUCAAUAGCUUAAACUUCUUUUAUUGUAACUUAUAGUCAUAAUGAAAUUAAAUAUUAUACCUAUUAAAUGUAAUUUUUGAGAUAUGUAUGUAAAAACAUAAUAUUUAAAUGAUUUAGAAGUCAGUUUUAGCAUAUUCUAAGAUUUAAAAAGAUGUGGAGCUCAGGCAACAAACAAAAAUAAAGAAAAUUAUGAAAAGCUUCUGAAAGAAAAUUUUAAGAGGCUUGAAUGUGAAUCUUUAU